GGGCUGACCCAAGGCGUUGCCAGGCGGGUAUUCCAGGAAUCCCCUGGGGCGUGUUGGCCCGUGCGAUAAGGCUGUCCCAUGCCAGCCGCAUGCGGGUCAGCGCUAAGACAUCCGACGUCGCAAAUCCCGACGCCAGCUGUUCUGGGGCUAGGUGGCUCGCGUCUUCAACAUCGCUAACAAACGACGAAUCUGCCAGCCUAGGUAAGCGAGGCUGCGAUGAUGGCGUCGACAGCAAUCAACGAAACGGAGCCCUGGAACCGGGAGACAAAACAAAAGUUUGAAUCCAAGGACCGCAGCGAAUUCUUCGACCCAUGCCAAGAAGCAGCCGCGCGGAGCAUUCGGUGUUUGAACCGCAAUGGGGGCGACCGGACAAUGUGCACAGAUUACUUUCAGGCGUAUAGGGACUGCAAGAAGUCAUGGAUCGAGAAGCGGAAGAUGGAGAAGCGAUGAUGGCGCCCGUUGAGAUACGUCACUCCAGGUCGACGAGUCGGUCCGAGACGGCAUUCACAAGCCAGCAUGGGGUUACUUGGUGGGGGACUGGCGGUGUA